GAAUAAUAUGUAUGCAUGUAUAUAUAGGUGGCAUCAGAGGCUCCAUGUAUUAACUGAAGAAACAUUUGACUUCUGACCUUUCCACAUUAUUUAUCUCAUCUUUACUCCUGGAGUUCAGCUCACUGAAUAUGUCAGCUCCAUUUUUUUGUAUUUUAAUUAUCUUCAAUUAUUCAUAAACAGGCUAAAAACAAACCAUCAUUAUCAUUACUGCUUCAUUUGUUUCACUCUCUAUUAAUUAAAACUAUUCCAGCAUGAAAACAUUCAGGAUGUUCAUAUACAAACAAUAUUACACAUCCCCAAACGUACCUCUUUAUUAUGGUUUUAAUAGGAUGUAUUAUCACAUUUAAUAUUCCCAUGUUAAUGGAAAUGUUUAUUUCCACUCAGGGAUUAAAAAAGUAUCUCUGAUUCUGAUUCUGAUAAUUACAUCACUCUCAUAAAGCCUUUAAAGCUGAAUAUGUUUUUUUACCAUAGCUCAGCUUCACAAUGUUGGAAUAUUGACUGCUGAUAUUAAUAUUAUUCUAUUGUUUAGAAUAUUACACUUUACUCUUUUUCUUUACUCAAAUGAACAGGAUGAAAGUGUCUUCAAUCGUCACUACCGAAUGUAACUAUAUAUAAUUAUGUAUAUAAUAAUCCUCCAUUCUUCACCUUCAUUACCGCUUGAUUUAACUCUCAUCUUAUUUUAUCCAGAGAGAACUUGACCAUAAAAAGAUGGCUGCACAUCAAUAAACUGUCACUAAACUUCAGUAAAACUAAAUAUAUCAUAUUUGGAGAUUGCAAAAAUGUAAAACACAAAUUAUGAUGGAUAAUAUUGAAAUGAAAGAAAUAAAGGUAAUCACAUUUUUAGGAGUUAAUAUAGAUGUUGAAGUAAGCUGGACACUACAUGUAAGUCAUAUAAAGAAAACAUUUUAAAAAAUGGAGUGCAAUACUUAAUAUAAUAAAAUACAUACACUCCAAAAAAUGAUUCAGGCCCUAGAUGUCCAUUUCUACCGCUUAUUCCCUUUUGGGGUCGCGGGGGGCGCUGGCGCCUAUCUCAGCUACAAUCGGGCAGAAGGCAGGGUACACCCUGGACAAGUCGCCACCUCAUCGCAGGGCCAACACAGAUAGACAGACAACAGUCACACUCACAUUCACACACUAGGGCCAAUUUAGUGUUGCCAAUCAACCUAUCCCCAGGUGCAUGUCUUUGGAAGUGGGAGGAAGCCGUAGUGCCCGGAGGGAACCCACGCAUUCACGGGGAGAACAUGCAAACUCCACACAGAAAGAUCCCGAGCCUGGAUUUGAACCCAGGACUGCAGGAACUUUGUAUUGUGAGGCAGACGCACUAACCCCUCUCCCACCGUGAAGCCCUAGGCCCUAGACGUGACACAUUUAAGUAUUGUUGGAUCUAUUCAAAAAUAUGUAGUUUUAAAAUAUACACAUAUAUAAUUAAUCUGUGAAACUUGAAACUUCUCAUAAUUGAUCCUAUUGGAUUGAUUUGAUGUUGAUCAACGCAAAAUUAAAUGAGUUCAGAACUUGGAGCCGCCCUUUGCGCAUGUGCAUAUCAUCUUUGCGGGCAUAACUCAUUAGCAUAUCGUCUUCGGCGGGAGUAGACUGCAUCAGGACCCGAAGGUUGGAGCUCGGUCUUCUUUGGUUAAAUGUGUACCAAGACAGUGCGGCUAUGGACCCGUGCGGUCUGGCUGGAGAAAAACAUGGAGCAAGAAAGUGUCAUCCCUAACUGCUGGAUAAAGGGCAGCAAUGUGCUCUGGCCCAAUAUGGCGAACGCCACCAAGGCCCUCAACGAUAUGAGGGAGCCUACAAUAACAUGGAGGAAAUUUCCUCUCGUCAAAGUUAAAAUCAGCUGGACAAACAGGGAAGAGUGUGAGCAAUAUGACAUCACAACAACAGCAGAGCUCUCUGAAUUUGAGGAUGGGCCUGAGGAAAAGAAGUCGAAAAAGAAGACACCCAAAUUUUAUCACAAAUGACCAAUGUGAUGAAGGUGAUGAUUUUGCAGGAUCAGGACUGACGGCGUUGGUUUCCGACCACUAUAGCCGCAGUGCCUCGCUACCACUGGAACCAGUGUUUGAGACCAGCGCCUACAGAAGGGGGUCCUCUUCCAGGCGCAGGUCGAAGUCAAGGUCCUUGUCAAUGUCUCCAUCAAUGUCCACAUCCAGGUCCUUGUCAAUGUCCACGUCAAAGUCCAGAUCCAGAUCCGGUUCGAAGGACCGAUCGAGGAGCAAGCACAAGAAGGCAAGAUCAACAUUCAGAGAUAGAACGAGGAGCAAGCACAAGAGGGCAAGAUCAACAUCCAGAGAUAAAUCGAGGAACAAGCACCAGUACACCACAUCAACCAAAGAUGAUGAUCCAAAAUUUCCUAUGGAAGAAGGAAAGUUCCAGAAGCGUGUCUUCUUUCUCCUGAUGGACAUGCGAGCAACAAUAUCGGACCUUGGGAAAAAGUAUGAACCAGUCGACUCCCAGUUCCAUGUUGAAAUGAUCAACAGGAGGAAGGGACUCGCACAGCUGGAACGAAAGCUUGCAGAUGGUGACUACCGGAAACUACUGACGUCUCGUUUGCGCAAGAUUGGGGGCUCCAGCCUGGAGGACAAUGUAAAGAAUGUGAUGAAAAGAGUCCUCACCAACUGGCUCUUGGCUCAACUGAACAUCGAGGGGGCACCACCAAAAAAGAAGUUCAAAGUCACACGCCUUUCUUUGUAAAGUUAUGAUAGGUGCUAUUCAACAAACCAACCAGUCAGACACUGAGAAGGACAUCACUAAAUUUAUGGGGAACUUCUUGCGAUCUACUCCUGACAGAAAUGGCGGUGGAGGGAGGAAGAAGGGUCAGACUACAAUAGAACUGGCGUCUGAUUCCGAGGCAGAAUAAGAAUUAUGAUUUCAUCAGUCCUGCAUGAUGAAGCGCCGAAGGAAGGAAAGAAGACCGAAAACCAGUGGCCGGCCAACAAUCCAUCACUUUUCUGCCAAUUUUGGCUGUAUUUUAUAAAAUAAAAUCUUGUCUUGUGCCAUGCAUACCUGUUUUUGGUGGGUUUAUGUAAUAAUUGAAAGGUCAGAAUAGGGUUAAAAUCAUGACGUCAAUUUGAUAUCAAACUUUUGGCGUCAAUUUGAUGUCAAACCUUUGACGUCAACUUGAUUUGCAAAAUCGACUCAUUUUUGACGUCUUUUUGACGUCAAUAUUUGAUGUCAAUUCAACGUCAAUUGCCCACUGGGUAAUUGAUUAACGUUGAAAAACUUAUUGGGGUGUAACCAUUUAGUGGUCAAUUGUAGGGAAUAUGUACUGUACUGUGCAAUCUACUAAUACAAGUUUCAAUCAAUCAAUCAAUAAAUAAAUGCCUACUGAGCCUAUGGUGCUGUUAAGUUAGUGUGGCUCAAUUUGCCUUAAUUUUUUUUAUUUUAAUGUAUUAUUUAAUAUAUAUUAUUGUUUUAGUUGCUUAAGAGAUAUU